CAUUCCCAUUCAGCCUGCCAUUUCCCUGCUCAUCCAGGAAGCUCUUCCCAUCAGCACCAUGGCUCCCAAGAAAGUCGAACCCAAGAAGCCAGAGCCCAAGAAGCCUGAACCCAAGAAGGAUGCUGCUCCGGCCCCGGCAGCCCCCAAAAUGGCUCCACCGCCAGAACCCGAAGCUCCAAAAGAACCAGACUUUGAUCCCAAGAGCAUCACGCUGGAGUACACUGCAGACCAGAUCGAAGAGUUCAAAGAGGCCUUUCAGCUGUUUGAUCGCACAAUGAAAGGAGAAAUGAAGAUCACGUACGCCCAGUGUGGGGACGUGAUGCGAGCUUUGGGUCAGAACCCGACCAACGCUGAAGUACUGAAGGUCCUGGGAAAACCCAGACCAGAGGAGAUGAACACCAAGCUGGUGGACUUUGAGACCUUCUUGCCGAUGCUGCAGCACAUCUCCCGCUCGAAGGAUCAGGGCCACUUUGAAGACUUUGUGGAGGGUCUGAGAGUUUUUGACAAAGAAGGCAAUGGAACCAUCAUGGGGGCCGAGUUGCGACAUGUUCUGGCCACGCUUGGCGAACGCAUGACAGAAGAUGAGGUGGAUCGACUGAUGGCAGGACAGGAGGAUGCCAAUGGCUGUAUCAACUAUUCUUCAUUUGUCAAACACAUUCUUUCAGGAUAAACUGGAUUUUUAGGCUGAAUGGAUCACAAGUAGAGGGUACACUAUAAUUACUGCCUUAAAGUACAAUUAAAGGGGUGCCAAAUUGACUAACAAAAAUCAGUGCGCCUCUUCAACAAUUUUGAAGAAAAUCAAGUUGAAGCUUUGAAAACUCAAUAAAAUCGAGUUGAAAUUACAGAAAUUGUGUUAUAUGGUUAAAAACAAAGAUGUUGUUAUAUUCACUAAAACAAUUUUACAGUACAUAUUAAUAAAUUAAUGUGGGUAAAUUAAACCAUUUUUAAGAUUUCUUUAUUCUAUUUUUAGAAAUACAGUUUAUACUGUUUUACUGAUCACAAUUCAUAAAAAAGUAUUCAUUUUAAAUGUACAGUAUUUGGACUUACAUUAAACUUAAAAACACUACUUAAUUUGUUUGCAAUAGACAAUCAAAAUGCUCACAUAUUCUGACUUUAAUUCAGUCACAAAUGUGCAAAAACUAAAAAUUAGAUUGGCAUGGACUUCACUUUAUUCUGUCACCUGAAUCAGUUUCAAAAGCGAAAUAUAUAUAUAUAUAUAUAUAUAUAUAUAUAUAUAUAUAUAUAUAUAUAUAUAUAUAUAUAUAUAGUUUUGAGAUUUUAAACUUCAGCAAAUUAAACUUAAGUAUUCAAUAUGUUUUAUACUGUAUCUGUAUGUAUACUGUCUAAUAAUGUAUUGGCAAUGUACACUUAAGUUUCACUUGCCAAUAAAGUUUGAUAUUAAUUGAA